AGCCGCCUCGGAGCCGAGCGCGCGCGCAGCGGCCUCGGCGCGCAGGCCGCCCGCCCGGCGCGCGCAGGCCUCGCGCGCGCCCGCCAUGGCCGAGGAGCUCGCCGCGGCCCUCGGCGUGAGCCCCGACGUCGCCGCGGCCGUGCUCGAGGAGCACGGGGGCGACGUCCACGCCGCCGCCGAGGAGCUGAUGGCGUCGGCGUGCGGCGAGAUGGAGGUGGAGCCGCGGGAGCCCGCGCGCCGCCCGGGCGCGCUCGGCGUCCUCGUCGACGACAUGGGCUAUGGCGCCGCGGACGCGGAGCGCGCCCUCGCGGCGGCCGGAGGCGACCUCGAGGGCGCCCUGUCGCUGCUGUUCGACGAGGGCGCAGCCGCGCCCGCCGAGGACGCGGCUCCGCAGGCCUGCGCCGCCCCGGAGGCCGCCUGCGGCGCGGGCGUCGAGGAGGAGUUCGGGGACUGCGCCAUCUGCUGCGAGAGGCUGCGCCCCAACGACGCCGCCAUGCGCUGCGCGGGCCGGGGCGGGGCGUGCCACUACGGCCACGCCGCGUGCCUCGCGAGGUGGGUCGAGCAGUGCCGGUCGCAGGGCCAGCAGCCCUCGUGCCCGACGUGCCGUGGGGCGCUGCAGAUGAACCGGCGGAACCUGCGGGACUUCCUGCGGCAAGCGCCUUCGCCGGGCUCCGCGCCCUCAGGGCGCCGCGGCCACCGGGGCCACCUCCGCCGCGGACGCGGCGAGGGCAGACGGCGCGGCGGCGUGGCCGCCGCAGGAUCGCGGGAGCGUGACCCCGUCGGGGCCGGCCGGGACCGGCCCCUGUCCAGCGAGCAUUCGAGCAUCCUGGAGUCCAUGCUGGAGCAGGUCGACGACGACGACUGCGAGUGGAGUGAGGUCAACUGGGGCGCGGUGGCUGGCACCGUGCUCGGCGCCGCGGCCGUUGGCGCGGUCGCGAUCGGCAUCGGUCUGCUGGCCAAGUCUGUCUUCGAUGACAUGUCGAAGAGGCGUCGUCGCUGACUGGGCUCCGCGGCGUGGGCACCUCGAUGGGAGGGGGAGGG